AUGCCCCAGAUUUAUAACGCAACUGCCACGGCCAGCGGUCUGACCAGCGAUUUGGCCGCACACAUCAAGGGAAAGGUGGUGCUAACCACCGGCGUCUCUCCAAAGAGCCUAGGCGCCACCUUUGUACAGGCCAUUGCACAGGGCCAGCCCGCGUUGCUGAUAUUAGCGGCGCGCAGCCCAUCCAAGCUCGAGCAGACGGCGAAGGCAAUUGAAGCCGCCAGUCCAGGUGUCAAGGUCAAGAGCCUCGAGCUUGCACUCGACUCUUUGGCCGCUGUCAGAAAAGCUGCAGAGACUCUCUUGUCGUGGACCGAUGUGCCUGUCAUUGAUGUUCUCGUCAACAAUGCGGGCAUCAUGGCUGUAGAGUACAAGCUCUCGCCCGAUGGAUUCGAAAGCCAGUUCGCGACUAAUCACCUCGGCCACUUCUUGUUUACCAACUUGAUCCUGAACAAGAUCAUGGUCUCCAGCUCACCACGCAUUGUCAACGUUAGCAGCGACGGUCACCGUCUUGGCCAUAUUCGGUGGGAUGACUAUAACUUCGAUGGUGGCAAGACAUACAAUAAAUGGACAGCAUACGGCCAGUCCAAAACUGCCAACAUUCUUUUUUCCGUGUCUCUCGCCUCGAAGCUUGGAAAGCGCGGGCUGUUGUCUUACAGCCUUCACCCUGGUGUAAUUGGCACUAAUCUCGGCAGCCAUGUCGGGGACUGGGACAGUUUAAGAAACGCCGACCGGCGGCUAGGCAACAAGGAGGGCUGGGCCGACUUCAAGUGGAAGACGGAUGACCAGGGCGCCGCGACUCAUGUGUUCGCUGCUUUUGCCCCAACUUUGAACGACCACAACGGUGCCUACCUCGAGAACUCGCACGUCGCCGAUCCCUUUGUCGAAACAGUCAAGCCAUGGGCCACCAGCCCUGUCGAAGCCGAGAGGCUAUGGAAGUUGACUGAGGAGCUUGUUGGCCAAGAAUUCCAGUACUAG